AUGAAGAAAGAGAAGAAAACGUGUGUUUUCACGUUUGUCCUCCUUCUGCAUUUCAGCUCGGCAAGGCAAUCAGACUAUGCGCCGUAUUUCUACGACAACGGUCCCAGCAGUACUAAUGGGAACAUGGAUUUGUUCAGUGUCUCUGAGGACACGCCAGUUGGAAUGCAGAUAUACAUCCUCAAUGGCACCGAUCCCGAGGGAGAUCCAAUACGAUACGGUCUAACAUUCCAAAUAGGCUCCAAAGAGUAUUUUAGGGUUGAUCCUAAGUCAGGGAACGUAACCCUCAUUUUGGAACUGGACCGAGAGAAACAAGAUGAGAUUUUGGCCUUUGUCAGCAUUACAGAUGGGAGGAAUAAAGUGGUGGAAAAUGUGAGAGUGUUUGUCACUGACGCCAAUGACGAACCUCCUGAAUUUCAAAACCUGCCUUUUAUCGUCGAUAUUCCUGAGGAUGUCGCGGCAGGCAGCAGCAUCUACAGAGUCCAUGCCCGGGAUAAAGAUAUGGGCUCUGGAGGCAGCAUCUCCUAUUCCCUUCAGCCGACACCGUUUGCCAAAUUCACCAUCGACGCCCACAGCGGUAUUCUAAGGGUGAAACCGGGCCAGUGGCUAGACUACGAGACCACGCCAACACACUUUGUGACAGUGGUCGCCAAGGACGGAGGAGGGAAAUACAAAGGCAAACACCAGGUUUUAACCUCAACAGCCACCAUAACAAUCAACGUCCUCGAUGCCCAAGACAUGCCGCCGUCCUUUGUAGGAACGCCUUACUUUGGCUACAUCUACGAAGUCUCUGUCCCUGGCUCAGAGAUAUUCACCGUGUAUGCCAGAGAUGGCGAUCAAGGAAAACCCAACCCUAUUUAUUAUUCCAUCAUCGACGGAAGUGAUGGCGUAUUUGACAUCAACAGCACUAGUGGAUGCAUCACUUUGACGACUCACCCAUCUUUGUUAAAAAAUGAACUCUACGAAAUUAAAGUCAAGGCAUCUGAGGUGGGAGACGACGAUUUACUGCUGGACUAUGACAUCGCCGUGGUGAUGGUGCGGGUAGUAGAUCUUAACAACCAUCCGCCCACCUUUUACGGCGAGAACGGUCUGCAAAGCAAAUUCGAGGUCACCAUGUAUGAGCACCCACCCUCUGGGGAAAUCCUGCGUGGAUUCAAGAUCACUGUCAACGAUUCGGAUCAAGGAGCAAACGCCAAGUUUAAACUCAGGCUAGUGGGACCGAGCAGAGUUCUUCGAGUGGUCCCGCAGACAGUCCUGAACGAAGCCCAGGUGACCAUCAUUGUGGAGGACACGUCUGGUAUCGACUACGAGAAGGGACCAACUCUCUCAUUUAAGCUAUUGGCGGUGGAGCUGGAUACUCCUGAGCGAUUCAGUGCGACAGCGGACAUCGUGAUCAAUCUCCUGGACACAAAUGACAACACUCCCAAAUUUACAGCGGAGUAUUACAUCGCCAGAGUUGCUGAAAACUCACCUGGUGGCACUAAUGUUUCUACUGUUACAGCAAACGAUCCUGAUUCAGGACCAUGGGGAGAAGUCAAAUACACCAUUUAUGGAUCAGGAUCGGAUCUCUUUUCCAUCCACCCAUCAACGGGGCAAAUCUCUACACAACCGUGGACUACGCUAGAUGCCGAGGUGCGCUCCAAGUUCAAUUUCUACGUGAAGGCAGAGGACUCAGAGGGAAAGUACAGCCUGGCUGAGGUCUUUGUAACUGUGCUCGACAUGAAUGACCACCCGCCCGAAUUCGGCGAUCCGCUCCUGGAGAAAACCAUGAUCAUUGGAUCGCCUGUCAAAGUGGAGGCAGUGGAUGAGGAUGCCGAGUCACCCAAUAACGUAGUGGAGUACUCCAUCAUGACAGCGGAUCCCGACAACGCAUUCGACAUUGACGCAGAGACGGGUGAGAUCCAGCUUAAACCGUACAUCAAGUCUAUGGAGAUCGUGCACAACAUCACCAUGCAGAAGGACUGCAAGUGGUCGCUGGUGGUACAGGCGCGGGACCGAGGCUCUCCAUCUUUUAGCACUACCGCCGUGGUCAACAUCGACAUUACCGAGGCAACUCCUCUCAAGGGUCCUAUGGCGGCCUUUUUAAUGAAAAGUAGGGACAACCCCAUGAAAGCUUUAGGCAUGCUAACGCUGAUCAUUAGCUUGUUGGUAGGAGCGACCGUGCUCAUCUCCACAGCUAUGUACAUGCGCAACGUCAAGUCGCAAAACAGAGUGAUACCGGCACGCCGCGUCAUCAGGAGGCGGCCCAGGCAACGGCAGUCCUGGACAUUCCACGUGCCGGCGCUAAAAUUCGCCAAUCCUGCCGAGAAGUUCCUCAUGGAGGAUCGAGAAGGUGGCCCCGAGCAGGAGGUUGGCACCCCGAGGAGGAGGCCUCCGCCACCACCCUGCGCCCCCUGUCUACCCCCACCCACGCUGACCACUAGCAGAGCCCCCGAGAGGCCGCGCGCCGUCCCGACUAUCUCUGGCACCUUGGCCUCCAAAGUCGCAAAGAAAGGGAAAUCGGCUCUGCGCAAGGAGGGCAACAUGAGCUCAGCUUUGGUUUCAGAGUUAAAAAUGAGGCUGGAACAGAAAAUUAUAGAAAACAACCAAGGUUACUAUUAA